ACCUGGGGAGCCAGAGCACCGCAGUAGCGGCACUUUCCUUCGUGUUCUUCCCGCGUCGAGCCCGAGUGGCUCCGGCCGCGGUCGCACGCAACGCCACGCGUCCACAGCGAAGGACUUGAGGAUCCACUGAGGUGACAGAAUGAAUCGCACGGCAUACACCGUAGGAGCUUUGCUUCUCCUCCUGGGAACCCUACUGCCAGCAGCUGAAGGGAAAAAGAAAGGGUCCCAAGGAGCCAUCCCACCUCCUGACAAGGCUCAGCACAAUGACUCCGAGCAGACCCAGUCCCCACCACAACCUGGCUCCAGGACCCGGGGGCGGGGCCAGGGGCGGGGCACCGCCAUGCCUGGAGAGGAGGUGCUUGAGUCCAGCCAAGAGGCCCUGCAUGUGACAGAGCGCAAAUACCUGAAGCGAGAUUGGUGCAAAACUCAGCCCCUGAAGCAGACCAUCCAUGAGGAGGGCUGCAACAGCCGCACUAUCAUCAAUCGCUUCUGUUACGGCCAGUGCAACUCCUUCUACAUCCCCAGGCAUAUCCGAAAAGAGGAAGGCUCCUUUCAGUCUUGCUCCUUCUGCAAGCCCAAGAAAUUCACCACCAUGAUGGUCACACUCAACUGUCCUGAGCUACAGCCACCCACCAAGAAGAAAAGAGUCACACGCGUGAAGCAGUGUCGUUGCAUAUCCAUCGACUUGGAUUAAGUCAAAGGGGGCACAUUCAGCCUGUCAUAGCCAUGCCGAGAGCCACACCCAAACCACCCGAUUCCUACUUGGCUUAAACCUAGAGGCCAGAAGAACCAGCAGUUGCUUCCUGGCUGGAGGCUGCUUAUGCAUAGAGUAUGCGCAUGAGUGUGCAUGGGUACCUGUGGGUGUUUCCAAACACCAGCGGAAACAGCCUCUGCAGGAAGGCACUUCCUGUUACUGUGCUUCAGAUGGUCGGAAAUGCUCACACCACUGGACCCAACACCCACAGGGGCAGGGCUGUAGUUGACUUUGACCUUGUGUUCCAUGUGCCUCCUGGGCACCAGGAUUUCAUUUGAGAAUGAAUACUAACGGAGGAGGUAACUCUGAGGGCCGCAUUAGACUCGGAACUGUUUGUUCAGUGCUCUCCCACAACCCAUUCCUUUCUUUGCUCUCCCUGACCUUAGUCCAUGUUCUUAAAUUAAUUCACUUGAUGUGAGUGUAAAUUUCUUUCGUCUUGUGAAGAACCUUCAGAGUGUGGGGAGACAAGUGAUAAAGGCAAACAGAACAGGGGAUUGACACAGGAGCAUUGAGACUGAGGACUAGUCUGGCCAGUGAAAUUCAGUAGCAAGAUGUUCAGAGUUUAAAGAUUGUUCCCCCCAAACAAUAUGAGUCUUGUUUUAGCAAAGGGGCUUUACUGAUAUUUAAAAGAACCCAGACAGACAGAGGAGAAAUAUAAUCAGCAAAAAAACCAAUUCUCUGUGCCGGUAUCUGUGACCUACUGACAAUAUCUGUAAUCCAAUGUUAAGGGUGAAAUAUUGACCACUUCUGUUUUAAGAACCAAGUGAAAGGAAAAAAAAAAUAUGGCCUUCUACUUACUUUGCCUCUCAGGAGGAUGACUGAGAGCGUUGUUCGCUAGGGUAAGAAAGACAAAACCUCCUAGGCUUAGUUUUGCUGGAUUAACAUUGCUUUCCCAUCAUUCCUGAAAAAAUGCUUCAGAGAUGCAGAACCUUCCAAUAAAAUCGUGCUUUUCUUGAGACCAUUUGCCAGUAAGGGUCAGUGUUAGAUGAGAGAGCUGUCUGCUGCAUGUGAGUUAGACAUGUCUGGGGCUUCUUCUGUUUGGCUUUUGUUAUAGGAGAGAACCAGAGAUGAGAGAGCUGAUGAGAGAACAGAGAGAGAGAGAGAGGGGGCCAAUCCCUUAGGGAAGCACUAGGGUAUAUUAACAGGCCACCUACACCCAAUGGAUCUAUGUGACAUUGUAAUCAUUAUGCCUACUAUGGAUGCUGUCCUCUGAAUACACAUGGCUGCCCAAUGUCUACUUAGCAUCUAUGUAAGGGCCAGAGAAAGGUGACUGGGCCUUGGUACAUUUUGGUUUGGCUAAGCAAUACUCUUUAAGACUGACAUUCUAGCUAUAAAUGCCCCAGAUACUUUUUUUGCCUUUUCCUCUCAGAGCGACUAGUCAAGUGAUAUGUCAUUUGGAAGGCAGACAUUCACUGCCCAUCAAAGAUACCACAGUCAAAGAACCAUUGGGAGUAAAGAAACUUUUUGUUUUGGUCUAGCCCACCCGCCCAUGUAACAUCGAAACAGGAACCAUAUUACAAGGCAAAAGCUAUCUUGAAUUCCCAAAACACUGGGUCUAAUUUUGAAAGUUUAAAAGUCACUGGUGAUGACUCCACAGUAAGUGAACUUGUGCGAGCAUAGCCGUGAGUUUCAUUUGUACUGCGUGCUCCUUCACUGAAUCUUUGAGGCUUCCAUAUCCAUAGCCACAUAGUCACAGGGUGGAUUUGAUUAGGCCCACACAUACAAAGGUGGGUUUGGAGGGUGGUGAAGAGGGAAAAAUAAGAGAGGAUGAAGAUGAAAAUAUAGACCCACACCAGAGAGGAAAAAUGACACUCGGUGCUGAAAAACACUGUGUCCCAUCUUAAUUCUGCCACAAACAUGCAGUCUUGCUAAAAAUCAACAACAACAAUAAUAAAAACGUUUGGCAGCCACAGUUACCUUUAGGAGCUUGUACCACAGUCUCUCUUGUAAGCUGGAUUUAGAUUUGGUUCUUGAGGAUUGCCUCAAAAUUAACUUCUUUGAAACGAUCAGCAGCAUAAGUGCCCUAAAAGCACAUCACCGGCCAACGGCUGGGACGUCUGCCUUCCUUGCCGUGCCUAGAUCGAGACCAUCAGAAAUGUGUCCGCUGCCGUUUAUUGGAGAUGCCCCGUCUGUCGCUGAUUCUGGACGCACCAGCGAUGCAAGGAUGGACACUUUCUCCAACAUUGUAGUAGAACCAAUUUUUUUUAGCAAGCUUUGUUGCAGUCUCCACCUUACCUGUUAAAAUAAUGCCAGAAACCAAAUAUGAAUCUUACGGCAUUCAAUUUGUGCUUGGCACUGAAAGAGGAAAGCCACACACCAGAUAAGUCUGAGUGCCCCUUUGCCAUUGUACUCUUCAAAGUGAGAAACCUGGAGGAAGGAUAGUUUCCACCAUGUGGAAUGUGAAUAAGCAAAAGAGUUAUGGUUAUUUAAUGUAAUUAGGAAUUCUAGGUCCUUCGGUUACUGUGAUUUCGAAUGUUUUCUUUCUCUGUUUUAUACGACAGCCUCUGAGUUGGGCAAAGAAGAAACAGGCCGUUGUAUGUUGCUAGAGACUUUCGUCAGGUCAGGGGGACACACAGUCUUGUCACAUAUGAAGAGAUGUUACCAAGUCAACGACAAGCCUUAUUUUUUAACGUUGAAUGUUCCUUAAAGGCUGACACUUCUGAAGCAAUGUUAGGAAAGACUUUAAAUGUUAUUUUGAGAGACUUCUGUGCGUAUACAAGCAGAUAAUGACGGCUAGUUCAGACAAGCAGAACAUUUCUAAACGAGAAGUCCGAGCUGAACGACUGAAAGAGAUUCCUCGCCAUAUUGAAUAUCAUCUACAUUGUGUAUUUAAUAUACUUUAAUCAUUUUGAAACAACGAAGGAUUAUGCAGGCUAUGACGGAACUACUACCUUGCUAUGGAUGAGGGUUGGGCAGGAUUUAAUGGUCUCAUAGAAGCUAAUUUGGCUUAAAGUUUUAUGAAUCUGUAACUAGAAUUUUAUUUUCACCCUAAUAACAUUCUAUAUAACCUUUGCCAAAAAAGCAAUCAAUAAAUUAAACCUCUUCUUUCUGUGCA